AUGGAGUUGUCACAAAAUAUCACUGCUUCAAGUAAUCAUUCAAAUCGAACAGAGAUGUUAGAAGACAGUAAAUGGUUGGAAUUUGAAGCUUUUAAGGAACGACUCUAUUUGAGCAUGAGAGAUUUGGUAAUUUUUUUCACCAUCCCCAUAAUACUAGGAAAUACUUUGGUGUUGAUCGUCACAUGGAAGGAAAGAUGUCUUCAUCAACCAAGUAAAUAUUUUAUCGCGUUUCUUGCUGUCGCUGAUCUUCUGGUUGGUUUAUUUGUGGCUCUAUUCUUCGCUUAUCAAUUAGGCCUAGAAUACACCAGAAGUGACCGAGAUAAUAUGUCGAUUCAUCCGUGUUUUAUGUUGUGGAUAGACACCUUUGCGUUAACAACAUCUAUUUACUUGCUGACAACUAUUAUUUUUGGUCGACAUCUCAAAAUCAGCGGAUCACUUCUGUACAAAUCACGAAUGACCACUUCCAGAUCAAUAAAGAUCAUUUUCGUCAUUGUUCUCAUUUCAACUGCUAUUGCCACGUACUCUGCAACUCCUCGUUCAGGAAGCUCUGGAAUUUUGGGCACCGGAACUGGUCCUUGCAGUUAUGACGCUGACCUCGAAAAAUCCGCUAUAUUUUUUCUUGGCUUAACAAUAAGUGUGUUUUUUCUAUCCGUUCUAGUCAUCGUUAUUAUGUACGCUCUGAUUUUUCAUGUCGCUCAUAAACGAGACAAAAUGGUCGUAAAUGGGGUACUUGGUGAAGCAAUAAACAAUCAGAACCAACGAGCUGCAUUACGACGGGAUAUGAAAUUGAUCAGAAUACUGCUGGUUGUCGUUGGAGUUUUCUUACUUUGCUGGGGUCCUUUGUUUACUUUUAUAUUGAUAGAGUAUCUAAAUAUCAUUGACUGGGAUAACAAUUCAUUAAGCUUCGAGUACAGGAUGUAUGUAUUUAUGACUAUUGCAAACAUACUUCCAUUUUUUAACAGUCUGUGCAACCCAAUAAUCUAUGUCUGUCUUGAUCAAACGUACCAAGAGGCCUUUAAACGUAUCUCCCGUCGAAUGACGGAUGCGUCGACCAAAAGCGCGAAGACAACAGCGAUAGAGUUACGACCCCCGAGAGCCUGA